UGAGAGAGAGAGAGAGAGAGAAGGAGUGGGAGCAGGGGAAGAGAAGAGAGGGCUUCCAUUGUAAAAAAAAAAAAAGUCCUUGUGUCGUGCUAUGUGAGAGAGACAAAGAGAGGAAGUUGGACCGUUGAAGAGUGACGACGGACGGACAGAAAGGGAGAAACAGAGAGGCAGAGCGGGAGAAGGAUUUUGAACUCACGCAGAGUGGAGUGAUUCUUUUUACUUUGUACUUGGACACAAGGGGACGGACCGAGAGGCAGCCAUGCAGGGCUCACUCAGGGAGUUUCUGGGUUGUGUGACGCCAUCGAGCCGCCGCCAUGGCUCUGGUCCAGGCCCGGCCCGUGUCCGUGAGUGACCACCCCGCGUCCAGCGGUCUCGACAGCAGUCUCCAGCAGCUGUGCCGGCCCCUGCCGUCGCAGCCCUCCACCGGCCCCUGCUCCGCGCCCCCCCUGCCCUGCGGGGACCCCUCCUCCGACGCGGGCGCCAUGGGCUCCGUCAGCAGCCUGAUCUCCGGCCGCUCCUACCAGGAGAGGCACUGCCGGGCGGCCAACGAGUACGCCGCCAAGACCCGGCGCUCCACCCCGGCCACCAGCUGCUUCCGGGUGCAGGACAACGGCACCCUGCGCAGCGGCAGCUCCCUGGAGCAGCUGCUGGUCAUCAGCAACAAGCAGAACCACCACCAGUACCAGAACCACAACCACAACCACAACCACCACCAGCCCCAGCUCCAACCCCAGAUCAAGGCCUCCGUGCUGCCGCCGCCGCUGCCCACCAAGAAGCACCCGCGGCUGGGUAGCGCCGGGGGCGGGACGGCGGUGGGCGUGGCGGCGGCUAACAGCAGCAAUAACGGUGGUGGUAGCGGCGGUGGCGGCGGUGCUAACGGGAACUAUAAAGACGGUUUAGAGGAGGUGGUGGUGGGGGACUGGAACCACAACCUGGUGCUGGCCCCGCUGAGCCCCUGCAGUGACUCUGAGGAGACGAGGGACAACAGGGCCCUGAAUGGAAACAUAGGGGGCCCUCCGCCCAAACUCAUCCCAGUGUCGGGGCAGCUGGAGAAGAACAUGGAGAAGGUGCUUAUCCGCCCGACGGCGUUCAAACCUGUUAUCCCCAAGAACCGCCACUCGGUGCAGUACCUCUCCCCGCGGCCAGGGGGCGCCAGCCUGUCCGAGAGCCAGGGGAGCCUCAACCUCCUGCUGCCUCUCGGCGGAUCCAACGUCAUCAACGCCAACGCCAACGCCAACGCCAACGGCGGCAGUGCCGCGUCCGUGACCUCGGAGGAGAAGCGAGACUCGUACGGCGGCGGCGGCGGCGGGAAUGGCGGCGGCGGCGGCGGGCGCAACGCACGCAGCAGCCAGUCCUGCUCCAUGUCGGACUCGGGCCGCAACUCCCUGUCCAGCCUCCCCACCCACAGCAGCACGGGCUGCAGCCUGGCCCCCAGCGAGGGCUCUAGCAGCGGGUCGGCCACGGGGGGGCUGGGGGGCGGUCAGCUGGAGGCGGUGCCCAGCCUGGGCCGGACGGCCGCCACCGCCACAGCCUGCGGCAAUACCGGCGCCGCCGGCACCAACGCCAUUGGGGGCGGGAACAGCCACGGCCACAGCAACUCGGACAGCGGGCGGUCCUCAUCCGGCAAGAGCUCGGGCUCGGGGUCGCUGAGCGGGCGCGGCCAGCCCCUCUCGGACAGCGGGUCGUGCAGCCACUCGCCACCCCUGGUGGAGGGCUACGAGGGCGUGGUGCGCGAGCUGGAGGACAAGCUGAGGGAGAGGGACCUGGAGCUGCUGCAGCUCCGCGAGAACCUGGACGAGAACGAGGCGGCCAUAUGCCAGGUGUACGAGGAGAAGCAGCGGCGUUGUGAGCGGGACAUGGAGGAGCUGAGGCUGAGCUGCUCAGCCAAGAUGAAGCAGGCCUCCCAGAAGGCCCAGAGAGCCCAGCAGGUGCUGCAGCUGCAGGUGUUCCAGCUGCAGCAGGAGAAGAAGAAGCUGCAGGAGGACUUCUCGGCUCUGCUGCAGGACAGAGAGAGCCUGGAGAGGAGGUGUGCCAGCAUCCAGAGGGAGCAGACCCAGCUGGGCCCGCGCCUGGAGGAGACCAAGUGGGAGGUGUGUCAGAAGUCGGGGGAGAUCAGCCUGCUGAAGCAGCAGCUGAAGGAGCUCCAGUCGGAGCUGAGCCAGAAGGCGGGGGACAUCGUGGUGCUGAAGGCCCAGCUCCGCGAGGCCCGCUCGGAGCAGCAGUCCAGCCAGAUGCGCUCCCAGGAGGCCCAGGCCGCCGUGCGCACGCGCAACCUGGAGCUGGAGGUCUGCGAGAACGAGCUGCAGCGGCGCAAGAGCGAGGCCGAGCUGCUCCGCGAGAAGAUGGGCCGCCUGGAGGACGAGAUGGCCCGCCUCUGUGACGCCCUGACCAAUCACAGCGGACCCCAAGGCAUGAAGGGCCAAUCGGGCGGGAGCAUGUCCCUGCAGCAGUAUGGCGGCGGCGGCAGCGGCAGCAGGGGCGGCCCGGGGCGGGGGGGGCCCAGCCCCUCGAUGUACCGCGAGGUGGACGACAGCCGCCUGGCGUGGGGCGGGGAGAGCGACGAGUCCAAGGCUCACAGGCAGAACGCCGAGACGGUGCUCGGGCUGAGGCAACAGGUGGAGAGGCUGAAGGGGGAGCUGCUGUAUGAGAGGAGGACCGGGGAGGAGCAGCUGUCGGGCUUUGAGGAUGAGAGGAGGGUGUGGCAGGAGGAGAAGGAGAAGGUGAUCCGCUACCAGAAGCAGCUGCAGCAGAACUACAUCCAGAUGUACCGGAGGAACCGGGACCUGGAGCGGGCCAUGAGGGAGCUGAGCCUGGAGCUGGAGGGCCGUGGCGCCGGCCGCUACGAGCACCACAACGGCAGCAGCGACAUCCACUUCGAGGAGAUCACCGCCACCGAGAUAUAA